AUGGCUCCAAAACCAACACCUUACAAACCUCUCAACAAGCGGAAGCGGCCAGCCACUGACCUGCAGGCCACCUUUCGGAAGCAAGAGGAGAAAGAUGCCAAGGAAAUGAACAAAGUGCGUAGACAAACUUCGGAUACUCAGGCUUUGGGCAUCAGGAAAGAUGGAUCAGCAGCACCUCACGAAGACAAUGUUGACAACUUUGAAGAACAUGGAAUAGAUGAUAGGAAUGAAACCGGAUAUACACAUAACAAUAAUGAUUGGGAAGAUAUUGAUGAAGAUGAAAGAAUACCAUUUAAUGAACUUUCUGAAGAGGAGCGACAAAUUAUUUUGGAACUCAACUCAAACCUGUACCAAGCCCGAAGGCUUGCAUACGAAGCCAAAUGGGCCAGCGCUGUUCAGGCAAUGGUUGACGCAUAUAUCAUUGCUCAAAAAAAAACUAGCAAUUGGGGAGAUGUCGUAAUUUGGAAUCAUGAUUUUAAAUAA